AUGCGCGCCCUCCGUCUAGGAUGCCGACUCCCGCGGCGACCUGCCCGACGCACCAUAGCUAGCUUCACGCCGCGGCACCAAGCCGACGCCGUCUCCCGUCUCCCGUCGACGGUCGACCCGUCGUCGGAAGAGUUCAAGGAGAACUCGCGGCAGAUGGGCGAGGCCCUCCGACGGAUCGAGGAGCUCACUGCGCGCGCGCACCGAGGAGGGUCCGAGAAGGCGCGGCAGAAGCACCUCUCGCGCAGCAAGAUGCUGCCUCGGGACCGCGUGGCAUCUCUCAUAGACCCGGGCACGACCUUCCUCGAGCUCUCGCCCCUGGCCGGCCACGGGCUGUACGCCGGCGAGGGCGGCACGGCAGCCGCCGGCGAAGAGGUCGUCCCCGCCGGAGGCAUCAUCACGGGCGUGGGCGUCGUCUCGGGCGUGCGGUGCGUCAUCGUGGCCAACGACUCCACCGUCAAGGGCGGCACGUACUACCCCAUCACCGUCAAGAAGCACCUCCGAGCCCAGGCCGUGGCCGAGCAGAACCGGCUGCCGUGCAUCUACAUGGUCGACAGCGGCGGCGCCAACCUCCCCCACCAGGCUGACGUCUUCCCGGACGCCCAUCACUUCGGCCGCAUCUUCUACAACCAGGCCCGCAUGAGCGCCGCCGGCAUCCCGCAGAUCUCCGUCGUCAUGGGCCCCUGCACCGCCGGCGGCGCCUACGUCCCCGCCAUGAGCGACGAGAGCAUCAUCGUCGGCGGCGGACAGGCCCACAUCUUCCUCGCCGGCCCGCCGCUGGUCAAGGCCGCCACCGGCGAGGUGGUCUCUCCCGAUGACCUCGGUGGCGGGGAGAUGCAUAGUUCUGUGUCGGGUGUGACGGACUACCUUGCCGUCGACGACGCGCACGCCAUAACUCUGGCUCGGCGAUGCAUCGAAUUCUCGGCCCCGCCCCGCUCUUCCGACCCGGACUCUUCCCACCCGGCUCCGCCUCGCCCGUCGCGAGAGCCGCUCUACGACCCCGACGAGCUCCUAGGCAUAGCAAGCACCAACCUGCGCAAGCCCCUGCCGAUCCGCGACGUGAUAGCCCGCAUAGUCGACUCCUCGCUCUUCUCCGAGUUCAAGCGCGACUACGGCGCGACAUUGGUGACGGGCUUCGCCUCCAUCCACGGCCACAGGGUCGGUAUCGUCGCCAACGACGGCAUCCUGUUCUCGUCUUCGGCCCAGAAGGGCGCGCACUUCAUCCAGCUGUGCUCGCAGCGUGGCGUGCCCCUCGUCUUCCUCCAGAACAUCUCGGGCUUCAUGGUCGGUCGCGCCGCCGAGAACGAGGGCAUAGCCAAGCACGGUGCGAAGCUGGUCACCGCCGUGGCCUGCGCCGCCGUGCCCAAGCUGACCGUCGUCGUCGGCGGCUCCUACGGUGCCGGGAACUACGGCAUGUGCGGGAGGGCGUACGACCCGCGCUUCCUCUGGCUGUGGCCCAACGCCCGCGUCGGCGUCAUGGGGCCCGACCAGCUCGCCGACGUCAUGGAGACGGUCGGUCAGGGCAAGGCCGUGCCCGAGCUCAGGGGGAGGAUCGAGGCCGAGACUCAGGCUACUUUUUCUACGGCCAGAUUAUGGGACGACGGCAUCAUACCUCCCCAGCAAACAAGACACUACCUCGGUCUAGGUCUCGACGCUGCCAUGGGCGGUAGCAACAACGUCAAGCCUGGUGAUACCAGAUUCGGUGUAUUCAGGAUGUGA